AACUAAAUUCCUCUGUACUAAAACGCAAAUCAAUGGAAACGGAGCUGGUGAUCGCUUCGUCGUCCACCGACGCCGGCAUUGGUUGCUGGGACCUUAAUUCCGGCGCCGAGCACCUCCGUUACCGCUCUUGUGCCUCCCCUCCUCACGGCCUCGUCUCCGUCGGCGACCGCUUUCUGGCCUCCUCUCAACUCCGUGACUCGUCCUCCUCCUCCGGCUCCGUCCUCUACUGGUCCUGGAACAAGCCUCAUGUAGAAGUUAAGUGCUUCCCGGCAGAACCGAUUAAUCCACUUGUUUCUAAUAGUGAUGGGACUUACAUUAUUGGAGGAGGUUUAUCUGGCUAUAUAUACUUGUGGGAGGUUGCGACCGGCAGGUUGCUUAAGAAGUGGCAUGCUCAUUAUAGGGCUGUUACUUGCUUAGUGUACUGUGACGACCAAUCGCUAUUGGUUUCUGGGGCAGAGGAUGGAUGCGUUAGAGUCUGGUCGCUUAUCAUGAUAUUUGAUGAUGCGGGGAGGGAGGAAGCAAGACACCUCUAUGAGUAUAGCUUCACUGAGCACACUUUGCGGGUGACUGACAUCGUUACCGGUUAUGGAGGAUCUAAUGCCAUCAUAGUGUCUGCUUCUGAGGAUCGGACUUGUAAGGUUUUUAGCUUAUGUAGAGGGGAACUAUUGAGAAGUAUUGUAUUCCCAUCAAUAAUUGACGCAGUUGCAUUGGACCCUGGUGAGCAUGUCUUUUAUGCUGGAGGUAGAGAUGGAAAAAUAUACAUUGCGGCACUUAAUGCUCAAGGCACUCCCAAGAACAAUUAUGGGAUGCAUAUCAUUGGUUCAUUGUCUGAUCAUGGUAAGUCUGUCACUUGCUUAGCAUUUGGUGCGGAUGGAAUCUCAUUGGUUUCGGGAUCGGUGGACGGAAUGGUUCGAGUUUGGGACACUAAAACCCACAGCAUUAUUCGCAUUUUCAAACAUGCAAAAGGUCCCGUCAACAAUAUUCUUGUUGUUAGACAUCGCCAGAUACUAAUGAACUCUAAAGCUUCCUCAGUAAGAAGGCUCGGAUCGUCAUUACCCCCUCCACUGGAGAAAUAUGCAAAUUCGACAGAGGAGAAUAUAGAUACUAAGGCUUAUCUUGCUCCGCGCGCUACUUCUAACAAUUUUCUGGAUGCUUCAUAUAUCACUAUUGACUCUAUGAACCAUCAAAUUGAAGAACUUCAGCAACAAGGUUCUGCUGCUGCUACCGGAAUGGAGAUGGAGACGCUAAAACUUGAUUGCAGACGAUAUAUGCAAAUGAUCCAGCAAUGGAAGAAAAUGUAUGAAAAUUUACACCAGUUUUGUGUAAAUGAACUUUUGGAUGGGAACCAAGCAGGAGGCUCCAAUGGAAACUCCUCCUGAGAUAGAGCUGUUCUUUCUUCCUAAACAACUUUCAAGUUUUAUAGCAACAAGGUUCUGCUGCUGCGUCUGGAAUGGAGAUGGAAAGACUGAAACUUGAUUCCAGAAGAUAUAUGCGAAUGAUCCAACAAUGGAAGAAAUUGUAUGAAAAUUUACAUCAGUUUUGUGUAGGUAAGCUUUUGGAUGGGAACUAAGCGGAGGCUCCAAUGGAAACUGUUCUCUCUGUUCAAAGAGCUUUCAAGUUUUGUAGGUAUAACUAAUCAUUACAGUAAUUUAACUGAUGUGACUUUAUAUCUUUUUGUUUAAUUCUUCAUCUUCAUUAUUAUUUUGGAAA